AUGGCCGACCGAGACCAGCAAAUCGUCGUAACUUUUGUCAAAUCGAGCCUAGCAGCUACCCGCUUGUUUGCCCUGCCGGUUGGCCUCCAGCAGGGUCCUUUUGCUGCGGGCAAGCCGGCGUGUCGGUGCUUGUCACAGACAGACGGACUCACAGACUAA